CUGCAUCAACGACACUGCGGUAUCAAGUACGGUGUCAUUCGUUGCGCGUCUUCCAAGCGCGUUUGUUCUGUGUUCGUGUUAUGUUUAAACGUUCGUUUGUCUAGAACCACGUGAAGCCACGUGGUUUCCGGUACUUGAACUAUUGUUUUAAAAAUCUGCGAAUCUUAGUGAGAAAAUUAUUCUAUUCGUCAUAAUAUUUUCAUUUUUCGAUUCUGCAAUUAUCGAAUCAUUUAUCGAUAAUUGCAUGAAAAUCGAUCUUUCGAUUCUCGAAGAUGUUAUUUUUCGUCACUAUGGUUACGAUUCGCGGGUAAUUGAGGACGGUUUCUUUAUUCGAAUUCGCGUGAAAUUGUCACUUCGGAUCGUGUUUACACAGUUUUUGUCUACAGUGCGCAUUUCAAAACAAAACUGUCGACGUUUGGGCACAGUGUGGCUCGUUUCUAGUGCAUAUAUGGAUCAAAUUGAGAGGAAAAGUGUGAAAUGUGAUUGAAUCGUUGUUGCUGAUUUAUUACUGCUAUUCAGCCAGCAGUGUGACGCUGCUAUGUCUAGAAGGAAGCAGGCAAAACCUCGAUCUCUGAAACGAGACGAAGAGUGGGACGACGGGAACGAGCAGAAUGUCCUGGAGGUAACCGAGCAGGAUAAUGAGGCAACGGGAAUUAAGCAGGACGAGGAGGAGGAGGAGGAGGAAGAGGAGCUGCAGAGAGCUUUCAGCCACCACUCGGAGGAGUAUCUACAAGAGGGGAGGCCAUCUUCGGUUCAAGGAUUAGAUUUGGAGAAUCAGAACAGUCUCGACAGCGAGGCGUUGGGGACCGGAAGUUCGUCGUGGCAGAGCGAGGAUGGCGGACCAAACUCGCGGCGAGGCGGCGAGACGCCCUCGUCUUGCGCGACCCCGACGUCGGCCAGUUUCCCGUCGGAGCCAGAGGUCGACGCCGACGUCGGAGUGAACGCCGACGGGAGCAACGCGACAGCCCCUUACCCUUGCCAAUUCUGCGACCGCACGUUCCCCCGGCUUAGCUAUCUCAAGAAGCACGAACAGAGUCACGGGGACCAAAUGCCAUACAGGUGCAGCUGGUGUGCCAGAUUAUUCAAACAUAAACGCAGCAGAGAUCGACACGUAAAGCUUCAUACAGGAGACCGAAGAUAUCGAUGCACGCACUGCGAGGCUGCUUUCUCCAGGAGCGACCAUCUGAAGAUCCAUAUGAAAACUCACGACACGCAGAAACCGUAUCAGUGCACGGCCUGUUCCAGAGGGUACAACACAGCAGCUGCCUUGACAUCCCAUAUGCAAUCUCACAAGAAACAUCAUCAAUCGCAAGGAUCGGCCAAGGACAUCGAUUACGGUAGAAGAAGCGUGUCCUCUCACAGUACAUCAUCGCCGCCAGUACCGAGUUCCCCAUCACCGUCUUUAAACCUCUCCUUGAACCCGAAAUCCGGGUUGAAAAGCUCGCAGGGCAGUGUUUCGACAACGCCGAUCCUAAAUUCUCCAUUGAAGCUUGCUUGUAUGUACUGCACCAGAGAUUCUUUCAACUGCAUGCAACAGCUCCAGAUGCACGUGCAUACAAUGCAUCAAGCUAUCUUAAGCGGCGAAACUGUUGCGGUAUCUCCAUCGACCAAUAGAGCCAACGAACAGAUUGGUUAUCAACAUGGUGAGAAAAAUUUAGAUCGAUCGGAAGGAACUUCGAAGGAGCAUAAUAGGAAAUAUCAAGAUGAUUCAGAGAGGUCUAUGGAAAAGGAUCAUUAUGAAAACGCGUUUACGUGCAAUCAGUGUACCAUGAAAUUCUCCACAUUAGGCUCUUUGAGAGAUCACUUGAUCUCGAUCCAUAGAACGGACAGUUUCAACUCUGCCUUGAUGAUGUGCCCUCUUUGCGGCAUUCCUUGUGCUUCGGCAGCUGCUUACGCGGAACAUUAUGUUCUUCAACAUUGUGAAAAUCGAUCGAUAGCUCCCCUGGAAAGUAAAGACUAUAUAGAUGCGAAAAUGAACGGAAGUUACGAGUCUAAAAGUUCCAGAAAUCAGAAAUCUAGAGAACAAAUAUCUUCUUCUGAGCCAGCAGAUUUAACUAGCAAGCAUACCACCACUAUGGAAAACAAUUAUUCAGCUGGUACUCUGUUAUGUGGCCAAUGUGGAGCAGCUUUAAAAGACUUUGAAUCUUUUAGAGAACAUCUGGCUAGACACCUUCAAGCUAAUCAUAGAAACGAUGCUGUCAGACAUUCUUGUCCCAAGUGUGAGGCCACUUUUCAAGACAGGGAAGAUAUGUUUGUGCACUUGACAAAGCAUUAUCUAGGUCAGAUUAGUAAAGAGUAUGCCUGUGGUGCCUGCAAAAAGCUCUAUCCCCAUCCAGAUCUUCUUCAAAGGCAUUUACUCGAUAGUCAUGCUCACCACCUUUACAGAUGCGCUCUGUGCAGAGACACUUUUGAUUCCAGAGUGGCGAUACAAGUCCAUUUUGCUGUGAAACACAGUCAGGAAUGUAGGAUCUAUAGAUGCAAUGCUUGUACGGUGUCCAAUAACGAAAAUUCACCAGGUAAUGCACCAGGAGAAGGAAAAAGUUUCUUCAGGAGUGAAUCCGAGAUGACAAAUCAUGUGAGAAAUGUCCAUGCACCUCCUACUGUAUCAAAUAACAGCCCUGUAGCCAGAAGUCCUGCAUCUACCCCUGGAAUAACUGGAAAUUCCGGACCAAGAUGUGUUUUCUGUGGAAUUUGUUGUACUUCUGAACUGGAAUUACAACUUCAUUUGGCUAGCCAUUCUGCUAACUUAUACAGAUGUCCAGUUUGUAGAGAGGGAUUUGCUGUAGAAUUUUUGUUGGACAGGCAUAUUGCUCAAGCACAUCAUUCCAGUAGUCAUCAAGGUAUUAUUAGAAGUAGCUCUAGAGAAAAUGGAAGGAUUGGUAGACCGCCAAGAUUGCAAGAAGAGACAAAAUCUCAAAAAAGAGGUCGUUCUCCAGCAUCCAGCAACAACAACACCGUAAAUCAACGAGACAACAAUAAUAAACGUCCAAAUUACUCCAAUACAUCUUCUCAACAGUGUGAUCUCUGCGAAAGAGGGGAAUUUUCUAAUGAAACAGAACUCCAAGCCCACAAGAAAUUGGUUCACACUCCAGCUAAGUUUCAAAAUAAAUCUAUAUCAAGUCUCAGCAUGACUUGUGCAUAUUGUGGAGAAGUAUGUCGUUCUAGAACUGACCUAGAAUCUCAUACAAGGAUUCAACAUGCAUCAAAUGAACCUGGGGGCCGUCACAAAUGCAAUAUUUGUGACGAAGUCUGUCCUUCAGGUGCAACUCUAGCAGAACAUAAACUGCAAAAACACUGUAAAAUUCAACUAAGUGACACGUGUAUUGUUUGUCGAGGAAAUUUAUCUUCAGAAUCACAAUUUUUAGAACACGUUCAAAGACACAGUUUGGAAAACGUGGAUCCUCAACAGAGAUUAGAUGGUUCUCUUCCCCAUCUUCCUGCAGCGUGUGUAGUUUGCAGACAGACACUGAUCAGCGAUUUGGAAUGUCGUCUUCAUGCUAGACAUCAUUUGAGAGCUUCUACUGGUCCUCACAGUGUGGGAUCUAGCCCUAGUCCCAAUCAAAAAAAUCAGAAUCCAAGUUGUUGUCUUUGCUUAAGAGAUUAUUCUGGUGAUGACUUUGUUAAUUUGCCACCAAGUCAUGUAAGUGGAGGAGGACAAUCUUUGAGAGUCUGCAAGUCUUGCUAUAUUCGUCACUCUCAAGGUUUACCUAUUUUGAAUUCAUAUGAAUCUGUUAGAUCUAAAUGUGAUGAUUCUUGGGCAUCUAAUAAUAAAGAUGGACAAUGGGAUGGAUCGAAAAAUAAAUGGGAAUCGGAGAAUAAAUAUAAAGAAAAUAGAAAUGGAAUGAUUGAUAAUAAGAGAUGUCAAGAUUGUGGAGUGAAAUUUGAGGAUUCCGAAGAGGUGGAAAAACAUAGGAUAAUAGAGCAUGAGAAGACUGGAGCUGCAUCUAAUACAUAUACGUGUAUACAAUGUCAAAUGUCAUUCGCAACAGAAGCAAAGAUUCAGCAGCAUAUAAAGAAAGAACAUUUGGAAGUAUCAGAAAAAACUUCCAUGGAGGCGUUACGAUGUCAUUUAUGUUUAUUUGAAGCUAAUAGUCCAUUACAGUUGCAAAGCCAUUUGAUAGAGCACACUUUUGCAGGAUGUGCCGCUCUCAGCUGUUAUAUUUGCCAAUCUCUUUUCACUGCACCUAUUGGUCUUCAGAAUCAUAUGCUUCAAGAACACGGUUUGGGUGCACGCCCAUAUGAUUGUUCCCAGUGCACAUUAAAAUUUUUCUUCAGAGCAGAAUUAGAUCACCAUAUGUUAACAUUCCAUCGAUCCGGAGACGUAUCCUCGCCUGAUGAAGAUAUACAAAACAAUAUUGAAACAAAAGCAAGAAACACUGAAGAAAAUAAUUCUGACGAAAAAAUAAUGGUGAAAGAAGAAUUGUUACCGGAAGGUGCAGAUGAAGAAGAAGAGAUCAACGUGGAUGAACAAGUAGAAGAGAACGAGCAAAAGGAAGACAAACAGUUAGAAUUCGAGACAAAAUUAAAAACUGAAAUCGAGGAAGAAAACAUUCUUCAGUCUUCUAUUUCCGAGAAAAUGGAAUCGUGAUUAUUUCUCGUUGAUCGAGAAAGUAAAAGGUUCGAAUAAAACAUAAUUUUUUAAUUAGUCUGAGACAAAAAUAUGAUAAAGAAAUUAAUGACAUAUUCUUAGACUAAAUCAAAGCUUAAAUUAUCUAUUAAUAAUAUAUUAAUAAACUGCACAUAUAUUUUUGUUAAUUUUAUUUAUAAUAUCUAUUCU